GGACGCGACCAGCGCUCGCUCCAGCGCUCGCUCUUCGCCGCCGUGCCUCUCUACCGCCGCGCCUCUCCAGCGGAGCAAAAUGGGCGCCCUGAUCUCCGCCCCAGUCGCGUGCAUCGGAGGGAUGUGCGCGUCGUGCGUCGGCUCGUGCGCCGUCGGCGCGCUGUGCAAGUGCUGCACAUGCCGCUGCCUCGCCUCGCCGUUCAAGACGAACGUGCUCUACUGCCUGAUCCUCUUCGUUGCCACCACCGUCGCCCUGGUCCUCCGAUACUCUGAGCAGGACAUGGCGGUCGACACCUGGUCUACUCCCGGCUCGGCGUCAUACACCCUCUGCGAGGGCGGCCGGUGCGAGGGCAACUGGGCAGUCUUCCGCAUCUCGUUCACUCUCUCCUGCCUCUUUCUGACGAUGCUGUUCCUGACGUGCAGCGAGUCCAAGGCGGCUGUGUUUGCGCACCGCGGCUUCUGGCUCGCCAAGGUCAUCGGCGUCAUCGCUGUCGGUGCCACCACCGUCUUCAUGCCCAACGACGCGUUCGCCUACUACGCUUGGAUUGCCCGCUUCGUCGCGCCCGGCUUUCUCGUGUACCAGGUGAUCUCGCUGAUUGGAUUCGGCUACUCCGCCAACACGGCCAUGGUGGAGCGCGACGAUCAGGCACCGCCCGCGCCGCUCCUCUGCAUCAGCAACUCGGGCGGCAACGUCUGGAAGGUGGCCAACCUGCUGCUCUGCCUCCUCCUCUACGUGGGCAUCCUGACGGGCAUCGGCCUGCUGUACGACCGCUUCCCGCAGAGCGGCUGCUCCUUCAACCCGCUGGCUGUCACCACCACGCUCCUGCUCGUCCUCCUCAACACCGCCCUCUCCGUCUCGAGCAUCGCGCCGCACGCCGCCCUCCUCACCUCCGCCCUCGUCUCCGCUUACGGCACGUGGGUCUGCUACGGCGCGAUGGCUGCGAUGCCGUACGCCGAGUGCAACCCGCUCGCAAAUAGCCCGGGCUUCGUCUCCUCCGUGGUCUCGAUCUGCAUCGCCACCGGCACCGUCGCCUUCCUCACCUUCAGCGCCGGCCGCCGCGAGACGGCGAAAAUGAGCGCCAAGGAGGUGGCGACGAAUGCGGGCCAGCUGGCGCCGGCGCCGGCUGCGGCGCCCGCAGCGGCGGACGCGGUCACCGUGAAGGUGGAGGGCGAGGAGGCCCGCGAGGACCCGCUCGAUGAGGUGGCGCCACAGUCGUACCGCGGCUACUACUUUGUCAUGCUGCUCCUCUCCUUUUACCUGGCCAUGCUGCUGUCCAACUGGGGCACCGCCGCCGAUGGCGAGGCCGACGCCGAGCUGCUGAACGGGUCGUACAACGCCUCGCUCGCGUCGGCCUGGGUGCAGCUGACGUCGGGCUGGCUGUGUGCGCUGCUCUACCUAUGGACGCUCGUCGCGCCGCGGCUGCUGCCCGACCGCGACUUUAGCCGCGUUUGAAGCGAGCUGCGAGGCCCGGCGGCUGGACCUGUGAGAGCGCCUUUAGCCUGGGAUCAGGAUAGUUUUUAGAGCACUGGACACUGGUUCCUAUCCUUAGUUCCUUCAGAUUACUGUGCGUUUCAGAUAACGAUUAACGUCAGACCAUAUUUGCUACCUAUGUUGAGUAAACACAACCAAACAUUCA